UCCUCCCGCUCGCACCUGCCCGAGGCACGGACCCUCGCCGCUGCGAAGAGGACGUCCCCGCCAAACAAGUCCCCGCGGGCGCGGGCUCCGAGGGGUGACGCGCGCGGGGCUCCCCGCAGCCCCCGGCCGGCGGCGAAGGGUGUUGGUGCCAGAAGAAAAGAAUGAUUGAUGGGAAACAGACACCGGGCUACAGACACUCAUCCUUUUGCUUCAGAGACUGAUAUCUCAAUGCUUCUCAGCAUCCCUCCUAAGCCGUGAAAGUCGAGGAUCACCCAGGGUUAUCGGAUCUACAACGGAGAGCCAUCAUUUUGCAAAAUCAUUAUCUGCUACUGGACACCUUUUACAAACGCAUACUAGACUUGAGCCGAAUAGAUAUGUUCUAGGACAACAACAACAAAAAGCUGCAAGUUGUUAAUGUAAAACACAAAAGAAUGCUAGGCUUCCACCAAAGUCCUCACUAUUCCUGAACACAGACACAGUAUCAUAACCCUUCAUUUAUAGUUGUGGAGUCUUUUUUGAGGUCUCAUCCUUUAAAAAAAAGAUAGACAGACCUACCUACAUAUAUAGACAUAUAUGUAUAUAUGAAAUAGACACAGACACAGACAAGCAAAUCCUGCUUUAGUUUCCGUAAGGACUGCCAAGAAUUUAGAGAUGUAUUUGUCAAGAUUCCUGUCAAUCCAUGCCCUUUGGGUUACAGUGUCCUCGGUGAUGCAGCCCUACCCACUGGUGUGGGGACAUUAUGAUGUGUGUAAGACUCAGAUCUACACGGAAGAAGGGAAAGUUUGGGAUUACAUGGCCUGUCAGCCGGAAUCCACGGACAUGACAAAGUACCUGAAAGUGAAACUGGAUCCCCCAGACAUUACCUGUGGAGACCCUCCUGAGACCUUCUGUGCAAUGGGCAACCCCUACAUGUGCAAUAAUGAGUGUGAUGCGAGUACCCCCGAGUUGGCACAUCCCCCUGAGCUGAUGUUUGAUUUUGAAGGAAGACAUCCCUCCACAUUUUGGCAGUCUGCUACUUGGAAGGAGUAUCCCAAGCCUCUCCAGGUUAACAUCACUCUAUCUUGGAGCAAAACCAUUGAGCUCACAGACAACAUAGUUAUUACCUUUGAAUCGGGGCGUCCAGACCAAAUGAUCCUGGAGAAAUCUCUCGAUUAUGGACGAACGUGGCAGCCCUAUCAGUAUUAUGCCACAGAUUGUUUAGACGCUUUUCACAUGGAUCCCAAAUCUGUGAAGGAUUUGUCACAGCACACGGUCUUAGAAAUCAUUUGCACCGAAGAGUACUCCACAGGGUACAUGACAAAUAGCAAAAUAAUCCACUUUGAAAUCAAAGACAGGUUCGCGUUUUUUGCUGGACCCUGGCUGCGCAAUAUGGCUUCCCUCUACGGACAGUUGGAUACUACCAAGAAACUCAGAGAUUUCUUUACAGUCACAGAUCUGAGGAUAAGGCUUUUGAGACCAGCCGUCGGGGAAAUAUUUGUAGAUGAGCUACACUUGGCACGCUACUUCUAUGCAAUCUCAGACAUAAAGGUGCAUGGAAGGUAUUCCCAGUAUUUCCAGUAUUGGUAUUGCUCCCAAAUUAGCUUUGUCAACAGUUUCUUCUGUUCAAGUUGCAAACCACAAGAGAGCCAACGUCUGCGACAACGAACUGCUGCACUGCCAGAACGGAGGGACGUGCCACAACAACGUGCGCUGCGUGUGCCCCGCCGCGUACACGGGCAUCCUGUGCGAGAAGCCGCGCUGCGAGGAGGCCGGCGGCUGCGGCCCCGCGGGCUCGGGCUCGGCCGGGACCCCGCCGGCCCCCCGCCCGCAGCUGCUGGCCCUGCUGGCCCUGCUGGCCCUGCUGGCCCCGCUGGCCGCCGCCCGCGCGCGGCCCCUCUAAGGCGCCCGCGCCGCCCCGCGCCCCGGAGACGCGCGCCUGGACGCGCCGCCCGGGCACCGCGCGCCCUCGGGACGGCCGGACUGCACCAAGCCAUAGCCCCAGCCUGGGCUGCACCCCCGGGCCCGGACCGCCCACCCCCGGCUCGGGAGGCGGCAGCGCGCGCGGCUCCGGGCACCGCAGAGCGCACGGCCAACUGCAGACUCGAUUGCCCAGGGGAGACAAGGCUGCGACCGCCCCCGCCCCCCGCAGGAAGGACCCACCCACCGACCCGCCAACUUCCAAACGAAACAAAACGAACACAAGCGUUUGCUGCUUCCACCGGGUGCGGCCCCGCGCCCCGGCCCGGCUCGCGGACCGACCAAACAGGAGCAUCCUUCGCAGCAGGCAGCGCGCACUGCGGGCCCGGGCAGACGUGUUCCCAGCUGCCCUGCCGGCCCGCUCCGGCCCCCACCCCCUCCGACCUGUGCUUUAGUGAACGUUGCUCUGUCGCCCUUGUUGGUUGAAAGAUUUCUUUGUCUGAUGUUAGUAAUGCACACGUGUAACCGCCCCUCCAGACGCGCAAGCCCUCGUGCCCCGUGUAUCUUAGCAGCGCCGAGCCACCGCAGUGCGAGCACACACCCACGUCCCCGAGUGGCACUAGGAAACCAGAAAGUGUAUCUCCCCUUUUGUAUUCAAAUGAAGUUAUUUUUCUUGAAAUACUGUAAUAUGUAGAUUUUUUGUAUUCUUGCCAAUUUGUGUUACCAGACAAUCUGUUUCAUGUAUCUGAUUGGAAUCAGCAAAGACUGACCUUUUAUUUUGUCCUCUUUUGUUCUGUUUUGUUUCACUGUGCAGAGAUCUCUCUGUAAGGGCAACGAACGUGCUGGCAUCAAAGAAUAUCAGUUUACAUAUAGAACAAGUGUAAUAAGAUUCCACCAAAGGACAUUCUAAGUGUUUUCUUGUUGCUUUAACACUGGAAGAUUUAAAGAAUAAAAAUUCCUGCAUAAACAAUUUCAGGAAUUCGUAUUGCCGUUUCUUAAGAUGAGAGGAGCAACAGCCAAGCGGCUUCACACUCACUUUACUGAUUUCUGUGUGGACUGAAUACAUUCAGCUGACGAAUUUAGUAUCCAGGAAGAUGGAUUGAUGUUCACUAGCUUGGACAACUUCUGCAAAAUAUGAGACUAUUUCCACUUGGGAAAAAUUAUAACAGCAAAAAAAUAAAAAAUAAAAAACCUAAGUGAUUGCCAAGAUUAUGCCAAAGCUUGUUGGCAGAGCACUAAGAGACUUUUAUUUUUAAGUCAUGCUAUUUCCACAGAUUGAUGUGAUCAUGUGACUCCAGGGAUGCUGGUCUAUGUAUCUUUCCAAAUACAGUGUUUACAUGGAGUAUCAUAGAGACAACCUGGGGAACCAGGGAAGUAGCAGGGAAAUUGAGUGAUUUGCAGUUUGACUUUGAAUAUAUUCAAACUAAGUAUUUAGAGGAAAUAUCAAAAUAUACAGCAGCCAGUAGACAUAACUGCUGUUCCUGAGAAUAAAGUUUGUUUUAAGUACCGCC